CAACUUUCGAACAGGAAACCUAUUAGACGCUCCGGUCGUCGUUUUAUCUUUAAUAGUUGAGUGGCUUGUUUGGAGCUCACCGCUCUAAGCCAGCCAUGAGCAUCAUCGGGGCUGAAGAUGAGGACUUUGAGAAUGAUUUAGCAGAUUCAGCAGAUGACAAAUGCAAGGCCUUCGACAACAUCGAGUUGUUGAAGACGCGGCCAACUCACCUGCUCGUCUUCAUACAACAUCUCAUUCUCCAGUUUGACCCCUCUCCCCUGUUGUGUUAUCUUCAUGCUGACAUCGUGAAGAACCUCAAUUCUAGAGAAACCAAGAAACAGUUUCCAGACUUCUACAACAACUUCUUGGAUAAGAGUGCUAUUCUUAGAGUAGCAAUGCCAUUCAAGCUGUCCUCUGAAUUCGAUCGAACUCGCCCAGAGUUGUUGGCCGAUGAUACCCAAAGGCAUUUUGCUGAAGAGGUUCAGAAAUUUCAAGCUUCAGAAGUGGCCAAACAGCUGGAAGAUUUCAGGCAAAAAAGGAUGAUGGGUAUGACCCUCCUUGAGGAGCAUGUGACGGAUGUUGAGAAUCACUAUCCCACGGACCGCGUCCCGAAGGACAUGAAGGAGAAGUCGGUGGCUGAGAAUCUGCUGGAGAAGAUGUAUGAUUCACAGCUUACGUUUGUCUCGGAUGAGGAAAAAUGCCAAGCCAUCUUCAAUGCAGUGGCUGCCUACAUGAAGCACCUUGAUGUUAAAAACAGGGCAGGUGAUAGUAAGAAGUCCAAAAGAGGCUUCCCAUGGAUUAAGAAGAAUCAUGAUCCUCCAAAGACCAAGACUAUUCGGGGGUUCCAUGUUCCUAACUGGAUUGGAGGCAGUAUCGAAGUCAAAACAAAAGAUCCUGAAGUGGAUAAAGAUAUUAAGGGAAGGGAAGCCAAAGGGGCUUCUGGCCGAGGCUCAUUGACUGAACCUCAAGUUCCUUUGAUCAAAAAACCUGAAAGCGCACCGUCGGUGCCUAGCGUGGAGCCCCCUGGACCUCUAGGCAACAACUCUAGCACCAUCAACAACACAGAGCUCGCUCCGAACGAUGGUCAGCCAGGCAAUUGCUUAGAGCUUCCCACUCCUUCAGAUGGACCCCUUACAGAGAUGGGAGCUGGGGUUUCUGUUGUUGAGCACAGUUCACCCCACGAUGCUCACCCAGAGGAGUUGGACAAAGACAGACGGAAGACAAGCAGGAAAGUGGGACGCAGCGAGAGCGCCCGCGUGGACCGACACUCGUCUCGUCGCCGUGGAUCUUCUCGUAAACAGUCUCGGUCCCGUAGCGACGUGGACCUCCAGCCUCCUUGUUCUGCAACAAGUCCUGCCCCGCUCUCUCCGCAGCACACCCAUCCUGUUAAUUUGGAUGCACCAGCUUUCAAUCUUGAGGUGCCUGGCCCGUCCCCAACAAGUUCCUUCCCACAUUUAGAGGAGGUUGACCCCCGCCUGCAGGAGUUGGAGCUGGACCCACCCAGCUGGAGGCAGCUGGCGUUUCCUGAGGUUUUGAAGAACCUCAACAAGAAGGAGACCAAGAGGCAGGAAGUCAUAAAUGAGUUGUUUGCCACAGAGCAUGCCCAUGUGAGGAUGCUGAGUGUCCUUCAGUUGGUGUUCGCCAAACCUCUGGAGAGGGAGGAACUUCUGACUUCCAUAGAGCUUGCGUCCAUUUUCCCAAACCUUGAGGAAAUCAUUGAAAUGCACCUUAGCUUCUAUGAAAGCCUGAAGAAACUGCGUAUCAGUGACAACUUCAUAGUUAAGUGCAUCAGCACAACAUUGCUCAACAGAUUUAGUGGCCCCGAGGGAGAAUGGUUUCAGAAACUGACAUCCAGGUUCUGCAGUCACCAGACCUGGGCCCUGGACCAGAUCAAGCAAAGACAGAAGAAAGACCCCAGCUUUAACUCUUUUAUACAGGCUGCAGAGAGUAAGCCCCAGUGCCGCAGGCUGCAGCUCAAGGACAUUAUUCCCACCGAGAUGCAGAGGCUCACAAAGUAUCCACUGCUGCUGGAAAAUAUUGCAAAGAACACAGAGAACCUAGAGGAGAAGGACGCGAUCCAACAGAGUGCAGAGUGCUGCAGAAAGAUCCUCAACCAUGUCAAUGAGGAAGUCAAAACAAUGGGGAACAUGUUGACUCUGAGGGAGUACCAGAAAAAACUGGACACAUCAGGGCUGAAAGCUAUAAAUGAGCUUUAUACUGAAUAUAAGAACAUUGACUUGACUAUGAGGAAGAUGCUUUUUGAAGGUCCGCUGAUCUGGAGAGUCACCAAAGAGAAGGCUAUUGAUGUGCAAUGCUUGCUGCUGGAUGACCUGCUGGUCCUUGCACAAAAGCAGGAAGACAAGAUGUUGCUCAAAUGCCAGAGUAAGAGUAACAUCGCCGUGCAGGAGGGAAGGCAGAUGCUGAGCCCAAUUAUAAAGCUCGACUCGGUUUUCCUCCGUGAAGUGGCAACAGAUCGAAAGGCUUUCUAUGUGAUAUUUACAUGGGAGAGUGGUGCUCAGAUCUAUGAGCUGGUGGCUCAGUCUGUUGGAGAAAUGAAAACUUGGUCUGAUAAGAUAAAGUCAGCGGUUGACGAGUUGAAGAGGAGUGGAGCCUCCAGGAAUUUGACUCUUCCUCCUGGAGUUGGGGUUUCUCCUCUCAGUCCCUCCACGCCAAAUGCCCCAUUGAUUCCAUCUGAGAAUGGAGGUUUGCAAGGCAGCAGAGAACAAGAUAGGGACAGCAUGACCGAUGACAAACCAGUGGAUAAACUGAUAAAACGGUUGACUGAAAGGGGCCUCGUUCAUGUGCUAAAUCACUCCAGCAGGGAUCAGGAGAAGAUGGCCAGCAGUGCCCUGGAUGAAGUCAUGUCACUGAAAAGAUUGCUGAUCGGCAGCAUCAGUCUGUCAGAAGACUCGUUGCCUGAUGAAGAACAUGAAGAGGAGCAACCAGAGAAGCCUUCUCAGGGGAUAGAUAGCUCUCAGUCAACAGCAGAAGAAAGUGAGUCUACAAACAGCGGAUAUAUGCAGGUGAACACCAGUCCCCCUAGGAAGGACGGUGGAAAAAAAAAAGAAGAUGAAGACGGCAGUAUCAGUGCCCCUCUGGUCUUGUCCCAGGAGAGAAAAGACGAAGUGUCCAGGAGGCUGGACAGCCUGCAGGAAAAGAUACGGAGACUACAGGCUGUGGAAGAGGAGCACCACAAGCUGAACGAGGUCCUUUCUGAAUUCUCACUGGAAGGCGGGAACUUCCAGUAAGAUGCCAUUUUGCCACCUGCUGGCCACAAGGUUUUCAUCUGGCUGUUGUUCAGAGCGAAGUGACUUUCAGAGGCUUUCCUGGAACGUCCUAUCCCCCUGCCAAAAAAAACAACUUGCCUGGAUCCAAGCUGCCACUAUUAUAUCUUUGUAUCAGAGCUGUUUGCUGCCAAAGCAGGAAGUUUUCUGCCUUCCAGAGGAGUGUAAUUACUUUGUGCACAGUGCAGUAGUUCAGUGAUGGAGCGUCGGAGGUGUGUCCAUGUGUAUACGUUUGUCUGUUUGGGUGCAUGUUUGAAACAGAAAUAUGGAAUGGAGGGGGAGAAAAACAAAGAUAUCCUGCUUUUGAGGAGGUGGUUGUUUUCGCAUGGAGGUAUUAAAAGUAAUGAAGCAAUAUUGUGGUGUGAGAGACAUGCUGCCUAAUAAAACUUUGUCUUUUCUUCCUGCUGUAACACACAUACGCACACCUGAGACAUGUAUGCUGGAACAUCUCUGACAGUGAUGCCAAGAAUAUCAAUGUACAGGAAACAGAAACCCUGAAAGGGUUAAUGUAGCGUUAGAGGCUUUUAUUGAUAAACUACUGCUGGUAUGUAUUAUUUCUAGUCUAUGCCAAAAUACAACAAGGAUGCACUUUCUCUCUGAUCAAGACGAGUUAAAAACAAACUUAAAUUGCUAAAUUUCUUAUUUAAACUCUGUUUCAGUAUGUUUUUUUUGAUCAACUGGGCUUCAUGUAAGCAGCCCUCUAUUGGAAAGCCUCAUGCAAGAAGUGUGUGUAUGUGUGUUACAAGGUUUUUCAUUGCAUUUUUUCUCAAUUAAACAUUUAUGAAUAGUGGCACUAUAGGCUAUCAUGCUGUUGAUAAUGGAGACAAGUCUUUAUGUACUGCUUUUAUUUAUUCCUCUGAGGAUGUUUUAGGUCAGCGAGUUGCCUCAUCUUAGCGAUACGGUUGCAACACUGGGUCAGAAAGAAGCGAGAGCGGCCUGCAAAAGUUGGACAGGAAGGAAUCCUAGGAUAUUCACAUCAAAGGUGGAAAGAGAGAAAACACAUAGGCCUGAGAAGAUGGUUUGGUUUUUUUGAUGUUUUGCUUUGGAUAGCUUGAGCUAGAAGGUCAUGAGAAGACCUGAAAUUAGGAUUUUGUGCUGAUGAAAUAUGAACACACACAUGAUCAGCUACAGAGUGCCUACAAACUUCAGACUUGUUCAUUAAGGCACCGUUUCUGCAGCACCAAUGUCCCUUAGUAAGUGUUUGCAACUUCUGAUCCAAAACAUCCUUCAGUUGGGGUUAUAGUUUGUAUUAAAUGACAUUAGAUGCGUAUGUUAGUGAUAAAGUCCCAUCUAGCAAUAUUUGUACCAAAGCUUUCCUGCCUUUGUGUUUUACUCAGCAGUUGAUUGUAAUUAUGAUUGUUGUAGCAUAAUUCCUAAGUAGUGGCAUAAUUGAGGCUGUGCACACAGGACCAAAGAUUUAACAAAGCCCAUUUAAGAGUGAAAAAAGUGGUUUUCAAUAAAAACAGGACUACUUGAACUUUAUGACCAAAUUCCAGCAGACCUUGCAGGUCUCUGAAAACCUGCUUACACCACAGUGACGUUAACCAACAAGUGAAAGUCCGUUCAGGUGACUAGAUGUAAGAGAAAUCGAGUUGCAAGCUCUAACGCAUUGCCUUGCUUAGAGCACUAGAGACCAAGCACUGCUAAAUAAUCUGUUAAAACUAGGCAGUGUCACAGAUGACUUGGUGAAAGGAAAGCUGUUGUCUUAUUUCCACGUCGCCUUGUAAUCAUGAUCACUUCCUGAUAUGCAUUCUUAUUGUUGUUGCUACAACAGAUCCUACCUUCUGAACCUACUGAACCUCAACAUAUUUACACCAUUUAGUCACUUGAGUGUCACAAGAACCAGAAUCAUAGGUCUCUUUUCUUACUAUACUGCCCAAUUUUCCCUUAUGUGUUCCUCUUUAAAAUGUUUGCAGUAAACAAUAGUUUGAAGGCACUUGCUUAUCUGUCUUCAUAGCAUAUUUACCUUUUUUCCAGCAGGAGUUAUGCAUUUCAUUUAAUGUACUCGUAAUAAGGUUGGGGACGUGGUCAAAUGUUUUUCAUUGCUUUUUGAAGAAGCUGUUGUAAUGAUGUGCUGUGCAUUUUCUUUUACUGUAAAACAGGGAGGAACGUCUGCAACUUGUCAAUGCACCAAUGAAUUUAGCAGACAUGCAAAUAACCCAACUGUGACAGAUUCUCUAAACAUUUAGCUCCUCAAAGUUUGGCUGUUUGAUUUCGAUAUAAAGUGCAAGUUUUUCACUUUUUGGAACUUGAUUGAUCUGAUUGUAGAACUCAGAAAGCACUAGUGAUGCCUUCAGGCUUCAUUGGCUGACAACCAUUACAGACAUUUCUCCCCGUCUCUCCCUUCCUUUGAUGCUUUUUCUCAUAUAUUCUAUAUAACGAUGUAUAAAGUGUGUUUAUAGAGUGGUGCCUUCUUCUGACCAUUAAUUUGUUUGCUUCUUAAAGGGCUUGUAAGGAAAAGAUAGCGGUUUAAAUGAUUAAUAAGCAGUAAGAUAUCAUCCCAGAAUGUUAAUUAGAAGGUUGAUGGCUCUCUUUCAUAUUUAUGUUAAUUACAUUUAGCCUCCAACUUCCUCCCUUUUUGUUUCUAUCACCAUUAAAUCCUCAUGGCUUAAGCCCACUCAGCCAGCCAGAGCCAUGUUUAGCAGAGAUACUGCUCCUUCCAUCUUGUUGAUCUUAUAAAAAAUUUUAUAUGCAAGAACUAUAUUGUGUAUUUGGUAUUGAUUUUUAAGCUGUAAGAGUCUCACAAAAGAUGUAUACCUGAGGAAUAUUAUGGUACGUUUGUGUUUUUUAAUUUUCUUUUUUUUUUUUAAAUAAAAUGGGGAAAUUAAAAACA